AUGAUUGGAUAUCCGCCUUACUUCACCAAUCCAAGAGCGAGGCUAUUAAAGCCAAUCAGUUUACAGACGCCAGAUAAUCAUCCAACUUCUCCCAUGAGAGAUUACGAAAUUCAUGAUAUGAGUGCUUCAGAUUACAGAAAACAAUAUGAACUUGUAUAUGACCCUGUGAACCCUGUGAAUUACAAUGGUCCAAAAUUUAGUGGAGAUUUCGAAAGUGGUAAUUUAGGGCAGGUUUAUUUAAUAGGUAACAAAUCAUAUGAAAUUCAUUUGCUUCCUGAUCCAAACGAAACCAAUACAACACAAUGGUUCUUCUUCAAAGUUGAACACCUUGACCCAGGUGAGUACUUCUUUGUUAUAACUGGAUUUUUUAGAUCAUGUAAUUUACAUUAUAAAGGAUCCAAGGCAGCAGUUUACUCAGAAAACGCGGCAAAAAGAGGUAUCGGCUGGCAAAGAAUAGGCGAAAAUCUCAAUUACUUCAAAUUGAAAAAUUCAAAAGUUCAAGAAUGGGCUUUUUCAUUCAAUUUCACGGUUACUCAAAAAGACAAUAUGUACUUUGCUCAUGCAUAUCCAUAUACAUAUACAGAUCUACAAAAUUUCCUCGACAAACUACCUACAUAUGUAUCAGUAUCUACAUUAACCAGAACAUAUGGUGAUAUCCCAGUUCCAGCCAUUUUCUGGGAUGCUGAUCUCGGGAAGUGCAUCGAUGUCACCAAAAUUACUCAGGGUGUUGAGAAAAAACCUCAUGAACCUCCACAAAUUUACGUCGACCAAGUUUCGGAGUUUUCUGAGUCCGUAGUCAAAAUUCUUCGAAAAUGGAAGCAGCUGCAGCUUGGAAUAACUCUUCCACGUGGUAUACCACACGACAAGAAGCCAGUAGUUGUAAUUGUAGCAAGAACUCAUCCAGGAGAAACAAAUUCUUCUUUUGCAAUGGAAGGAUUUUUAUCUUUACUGUUUGGAAACUCUCCGAUGUCCGAGAGAUUGCGAGCUUCCUUUUCCUGGCUGAUUAUACCAAUGAUGAACCCUGAUGGCGUCAUUUGCGGGUUCUAUAGACCAUCAUUAUCCGGAGAUGACAUGAAUCGAAUUUGGCAAUCUCCUGAUCCUGUUAAACAUCCAACAGCAACUGCUAUAUUGGAUACACUCAGUGUUUUGGACAAGGAAAGAGGUCUUCAGUUCUUCCUUGAUUUCCACGGUCACACUGCUGCUUGUAACAGCUUCGUUUAUGGUUUUGAAAACGAAGAAAGUCGAGAUCUUUAUACAUGUGAAAGAGUUUUUCCACUUUUGAUGACAAAGUUCACUCCAUUGUUUUCUCAUGACAUGUGCAGUUUCUUGAAACAGAAACAGUACGAGGGAACAAUGAGAGUUGUCUUGAGAAGAAGAUUCCACAUCCUUUUCGCAUAUACUUUGGAGAUGUCAUAUGGUGGUUCUGAUUUCGGACCAAGAAGAAAAACACAAUUCACUCCUCACGACUACAGAGCAAUUGGAGAAGCAACUACUCAUGCUAUACAUGAAAUGCUCCUCAACCCUGAUUGCUGUGCUGCAAAGGAAGUUAUGCUGAUGAUGCCACCACCUGAGAACUGCGAAGAGCCAGUAAAUAUCGAUGUUCACUCUUCGAUUUCGAUUCAAGGAACUGCUGAUGAAUCUAAACCACCUCUCUUCAAGUUCUCUGCAAUGGAUAUAACAUUCGAAAAGCCAAGGCAUGUGAAUUUGGUACUAAAACAAUCAACUUGUCAGCCGCCGAAAAUGUAA